UUAAAGACAGCGAACCGUCAAUCAGUCGCGAAACCGUCUGUCGCGUCGUGCAAAAUAUUAAAAGAGAUAAAUCUCGUUGAUAAACGGAAUUACCGACAAAAAAAAGAACUCCUCGUUGAUUCGCGAAUUCGUUUGUCGCAAAAGUCAUUAUGAGUGGGUCGGGGAAGAGUCUUCUCGGGGUGUGGCUGUACAGGAGAGGCGAGAGUUGGGCCGUCAAAGAAGGAAGUCCGCUACACAAAUCGCGCGACGUAUGUUGCCGCGACGAUAUCCCCGAGAGUGAGAAUAAUCCGACUAGUGGCAACAAGAAUUCCGUGAUAUUUUCCUUGAAGAAUCAGGUCGGUGGCUUAGCACGAGCACUUCAAGUGUUUCAGGAUUUAGGCAUAAAUGUCGUGCACAUCGAAUCGAGGAAGUCGCUGCGCCGCGGCUCCGAGUACGAUAUCAUGGUGGAUGUCGAGUGCGACUCGAAGAGGAUGGAGCAAUUGAUGAAGAUGCUGAGCCGCGAAGUGGCGGCUAUCAAUCUCGCCCAUUACGAGCAAAUCGGAAGUAUACCACGCGCGCCUUCUCUUUCGACCGCGACGAGCUUCGAUUUUAGCGAGGUAGACAUGCCCUGGUUCCCGCGGAAGAUAUCGGACCUCGAUCGGGCGCAAAAAGUUCUCAUGUACGGAUCGGAAUUGGACGCGGAUCAUCCCGGUUUCAAGGAUACCGUGUAUCGUAAACGCCGCGAGGAGUUCGCUGAUAUUGCUUAUAAUUACAGGCAUGGUCAACCGAUACCGAGAGUGCAGUACACGCCGGAUGAGAUCAGAACUUGGGGAACCGUUUUCCGCGAACUGCAUCACCUUUAUCAAAAAUAUGCGUGCAAGGAAUAUCUGGAAAAUUGGCCGAAGCUGGUCAAGUAUUGUGGAUACAGAGAAGACAAUAUACCACAACUGCAGGAUAUAAACGUUUUCCUGAAGCGAACGACCGGAUUUCAACUUCGCCCAGUCGCGGGAUAUCUGACACCGCGGGAUUUCCUCUCCGGCCUCGCUUUCCGAGUGUUUCACUGCACGCAGUAUAUUCGACACUCUUCCGAUCCAUUUUACACGCCGGAGCCAGAUUGCUGUCACGAAUUGCUGGGCCACAUGCCGCUGCUCGCGAACCCAAGCUUCGCGCAAUUCUCUCAAGAACUCGGUCUGGCUUCUCUCGGCGCGUCGGACGAAGAUAUAGACAAACUGGCGACCCUGUACUUCUUCACGGUGGAGUUCGGUCUGUGCAAGCAAGACGGUAUGCUGCGCGUUUACGGGGCCGGUCUGCUGUCGUCGGUGGCGGAACUGCGACACGCGGUCACCACCCCCGAGAAGACCAUGAGAUUCGAACCGGACGUCACUUGCAAGCAGGAAUGCAUCAUCACCGCGUUCCAAAAUGCGUAUUAUUACACGGACAGCAUAGAGGAGGCAAAGGAGAAAAUGCGCGCGUUCGCUAAUCAGAUUCAACGACCCUUCGGGAUACGCUACAACCCGUACACUCAGUCAGUGGAGGUGCUUACGGACGCCCAAAAGAUCACGGCGGUGGUCACCGAGCUGCGGGGCGAUCUUUGCAUAGUAUCGAACGCCCUGAAAAAGAUCCAUGAGCAGGACGACACCGUCGACGUCGAAAGAAUAACGAGCCUGCUGACGCACGGCAUCGACUUGCCGCAGGACAGCGGCAACUCGUCCUCGGACAGCGACGAUAGUCCCAACGCCGAGGAGACUCGUCCUCGGGAAGAUCAGCAAUUGCGUCACGACGAUGAAGAUGCCAUCAAUGUAAAAAAUUAAAUGGCAUCAUUCUUGAUAUCGCAGACUCAUUAAAUCCUAGAAACGCUUAAAAGGACCGGCGUAAAGCUUUAGAAAUGGAUUCUCUGACGAAAUCAACAGAAAUGCAAAAAUCUCUUUGGUGUCUUACAUGAAGAUGUCGUAGAAUUAUAGACAUAAAAAGUAAGCUAAAGAUAAUUAUUUUGAGAAGAAAACUCAAAAUAUUAAAAAUAUAUUAAAAUAUUAAAA